GAUUUCUAAAGACAAAGUAAUAUAAUUGAAAUGUAAAGGAAACUUUAUAAAAUAAAGUUUGAUAGAAGAGAAUAUAGCAAUAUUCGAAGAACGUACAAAUACAAGGAAAAAAGUUUGAGAGAGAGGGUGCGAGAGAAAGAAGAGGGGGAACCUGUACGAACGUUCUUGAGAGAGCCACCUCCUUUAUCCCUACUACUACCCUCGAGUCCCGGGAUGGAAUCAAUAUGAAAGCUCCCGCGAAGCUUCCGUCUUCGACGAAAAGCACUUUAAUACGGACAAUAAGAUUGUAGUGAGUUCGAUAGACUUCUUUUUCCUAUGAUAAUGAUCGAGUGUUUCCACAAAAUAGUUCGCUGAUUUAUUUAAAGAUUGAAGAUCCUUACGAUUGAGAGCAACUUCCCUCACGAGGGAAAGAAAGUUAGAAAGUUAGUAAAAAAGGAUUUUUCGGAAGGGCUGAAAAUGUUUCUUUAGUCGAGUUCAAAAUAGGACUGGUGUGAGAAUGAAGAGUACAAAAAAAGUGCGCCUCUCUAAGUCACGUUCAUUGGGCGUGUCAUAGGGACAGUUUCAAAGAUACGACAAGAGAGAUAGAGGAAAGGAAUAAAAACAGAGAGAGAUUCAGCAACAGAAUGUUGAUCCUAAUCAUUAGCAUUUUGACGGUAGCUCGUACGAUUGUUGCUUCGUUACCACCUUCCGAUGAGAACGACAAUAUCCUCCACAUCGGAGGUAUUUUCCCGAUAGAAGGAGAGGGUGGCUGGCAGGGUGGUCAGGCAUGUAUGCCAGCCGUGAAUUUGGCACUGGAUGAUGUUAAUCGUGAGAAAAAUUUGUUACCUGGUUUCACCCUGAAAUUGCACUCCAAUGACAGCCAGUGCGAACCUGGCCUUGGUGCCUCGGUAAUGUACAAUUUACUCUACUAUAAGCCGCAUAAACUUAUGCUCUUAGCCGGAUGCAGCACGGUUUGUACCACUGUUGCUGAAGCAGCGAAAAUGUGGAACUUGGUUGUCCUAUGUUACGGUGCCUCGUCACCAGCACUAUCGGACAGAAAUCGAUUCCCGACUUUAUUCAGGACACAUCCAUCCGCCACCGUGCACAACCCCACGAGAAUCAAACUCCUACAAAAAUUUGGCUGGUCGCGUGUCGCCAUAUUGCAGCAAGCCGAGGAAGUGUUCAUUUCUACGGUAGAAGAUCUAGAAGCACGCUGUAAAGAAGCAGGAAUAGAAAUAGUCACGCGUCAGAGCUUUCUCUCUGAUCCAUCGGAUGCUGUGAGGAAUCUACGCAGACAAGACGCUAGAAUAAUCGUUGGUCUCUUCUACGUCGUAGCUGCGAGGAGAGUCCUCUGCGAGUUAUAUCGUCACAAUCUUUAUGGAAAGAGUUACGUUUGGUUUUUCAUCGGGUGGUACGAGGACAAUUGGUUCGAGAUGAAUCUCGAUAAGGAGAAUAUCGCUUGUACUAAGGAACAAAUGAGACAAGCUGCUGAAGGACAUAUAACGACCGAGGCUCUCAUGUGGAAUCAAAAUAACGAUACGACUAUCAGCGGUAUGACGUCGGAAGAUUUCAGGCAAAGAUUGAACAAACUAUUAAAGGAGGGUGGUUUUGAUAUCGAUAACAAUCGAUAUCCCGAAGGUUAUCAGGAAGCUCCGCUUGCGUACGAUGCUGUUUGGUCUGUGGCGUUAGCCUUUAACAAAACUAUGGAGAAGUUAAAUAAACUAGGCAAGAGCUUGAAGAACUUUACCUAUACCGACAAGGAAAUCGCCGAUGAGAUUUAUUCGGCUAUCAACUCGACCCAAUUCCUAGGAGUUUCCGGAUACGUAGCAUUUAGUUCGCAAGGUGAUAGGAUAGCAUUGACACAAAUCGAACAAGUAAUCGAUGGAAAGUACGUUAAGUUAGGGUACUAUGAUACGCAAAGCGAUAAUCUUACAUGGCGGAACAUGGAGCGUUGGAUAGGUGGGAAAGUACCUCAAGAUAGAACGAUAGUAAGGACGGUUCUAAGAACGGUAUCACUGCCUUUAUUCAUAUGUAUGGGAACUAUAUCGUCUGUCGGGAUAGUUAUAGCUAUUGUAUUGAUUAUUUUCAACGUCUGGAAUAGACAUCGAAGGGUGAUUAUGUCUUCUCAUCCGGUAUGUAACACGAUCAUGCUGGCGGGUGUGAUAGCCUGUUUCAUAUCUGUAUUUCUUCUUGGAAUCGACGGCAGAUUCGUUUCACCAAAUGAAUAUCCAGGAAUUUGUCAGGCGAGAGCUUGGACGUUGUCUACCGGUUUUACUCUUGCGUUCGGUGCCAUGUUCAGUAAAGUAUGGCGAGUUCACAGACUCACUACUAAAACGAAAGCCGAUCAGGCAAAGUUGUUCAUGGCUAAACAAAAAGUUUCAUCUAUACAGAAGAAGAUUCAGCCAUGGAAGCUAUAUACGAUGGUAAGCGGAUUAUUGGUAAUCGACAUCGUACUUCUUAGCACAUGGCAAGGAUUUCAUCCUUUGCAAAGGCAAAUCGAAGUUUUCCCAUUGGAAUCACCUCCAACCGGGGACGACGACGCGAGAAUAAGACCAGAGUUAGAGCAUUGCGAGAGCGAACACAAUAGCAUAUGGCUCGGAUCGAUCUAUGGUUACAAAGGUGUUAUCCUGGUCUUUGGCUUAUUCUUGGCAUAUGAAACGAGAAGUAUCAAAGUGAAACAAAUAAAUGAUUCGAGAUACGUAGGCAUGUCAAUUUAUAACGUAGUUGUAUUAUGCCUGAUAACGGCCCCCGUUACGAUGGUUAUAGCCAGUCAACAAGAUGCCAGUUUUGCUUUCGUAGCAUUAGCAAUUAUAUUUUGUUGCUUUCUCAGUAUGGCGUUGAUCUUUGUGCCGAAGGUAAUAGAAGUGAUUAGACAUCCCAGGGACAAGGCAGAAUCAAAAUAUAAUCCUGACGUAGGAUUGUCAAAGGAGGACGAAGAAAAAUAUCAAAAAUUAUUAAGUGAGAAUGAUGAACUACAAAAACUCAUUGCCGAGAAGGAAGAUAAAAUAAAGCUUUUGAAACAGAAGCUUAUCGAACGUGAUGCAUUAAAAGGAGGAGGUGGAAAUAUCGGAAAGGAUUCCUUGAUCGUAGCCGAUUUUGUAACCGGCGAGGGAACUUCGGACAGUGCAAUCGGUGGGGGUAUUUCUGUUAAUACAAGAUCCUCUCGAGCUUCCGCUUCCGAUUUUGAAUUGUCGGAAUCGUACUUAUAAAUUCCAAUCCAUUCAACCUCAUUUCAUUCGGAGACGUUUCGAGUAGACCAAAGUUUUGUGUAUUUUUUGUACCAAAACUAUGGUAUCAUGCAAUAGUCAUUGUCGGCGGUACUUUACGUAUGUAUCACAAAUAAAUAAUACUCUGUCACCUCUCAGAAAAAGGUAAGAGAAAGAAAAUAAUAGUAUAAAGGAGAAAGUCGAAUUUUGUGUUAAAAUUAGUAAGCAUGCGAUGCUCGACGUCUAUUUGCCUAGAUUCGUACGAAUACUACUUCUACGAAAGCAUAUUCUAGAUUUCUAUAUUCGUGUAAAUGUGUAAAUGUUAAACCGUCUGAAGUAUUCGAAAUCGCCCGUGCGCGUAAAUACGUCAUCGAAUUCGUAACUUCGUGUAAGUAGAAACUCGAUUAAACGUCAUUUGAAAUUUUAAUUCGAUGAUGAACGGAUUAAAUCUCGGCCUAGACCAUUUCAAGCCGUUCUUUCGCGCGCGCACACGCACACGCACACGCACACGCACGCACACACACACACACACACACACACACACACUCCCUCUAUCUUUCUCUAGAACGACUACAGUAUUCUUUUUCCAAGUUAUUAUACGGUCGGAGAUGAAGGAUGCAAUAUUCGAUAUGACACCAAAUACUUGAAUCUAUGCUCGAAAAUGAUGCAUACAAAAAAUAAUACAAAAUAUUAUAUCAAAAGAAAAAAAAAAAAAAAAGAAGAAAGAAAAGAAAACAAGCAGACCAUAACACAAUUUCUCAUUUGAUAUUACCUUAUAGAAUCCAAUCUUAAGGACCAACCUAAACCCUACAUGUUACAUAUAUUCCUCGAUGAAAAUAUUAAUUUUCGAUAUCUGAUAUACACGUAUAUAUUAUUUUGGACGAUUUUUUAUUUGUAAGUGUAAGAGCAAACACCUCCAUUUCUAAUAAGUAGGCAUUCGUGAGAAGGUUGACCUGAGGGCUUGGAUAAUUUAGCGGUUAGAGCAGUCGCCCGGAAAGCGAAAGACCUGGGUUCGAAUCACGUAUCAAACCACCCAAGGGCCAAACUUCUCUUGCAAAUCCUACAGAAAAUGUAAAUUUGUAAUUAUUCGAAUCACUGACCACGUCAAAAAUCCCGGGUCCAAAGAAAGAACUUAUAUCCGAUCGUUUCUUGACGAUAGAAUUCGACAAAAGAUACAGAAUAUUUAUUUAUUUAUUUAUUUAUUCUUGCAUAAUCGAAAGUUCAAACAAUAACAAUAGGAUAAAGAGACGUGGUAGGUUUCUUUGUCACCAAAACGAAUCUCUGUCUCUGUGGCAUCAAAUAUCGUUUAUUAUCGAAUAAAUAAAUUGUGUGAAACUAAUUGCAGUUAAAUCUCGUUAGACAAUACUCGUUAUUCUUUAUUUGCUAACCGAUGUAAACCUCAUGAAGUCUGCUCCCAAAUUUUGUAACGUUUAAAUUUAACGCUUCCGCGCUAAUAAUUAAUAUUGCUAAUUAUUUGCGAAUACAAUAAAUAUUGUUCAAAAAAAAGGAAAAAAAAAAAAAAAGAAAAAAUGCUAACGAGAUUUAAACGCUUACAAAGUUCGACCAUUCAUAAAUAAUUUGGGAGUCUUUAUGAGGUGUCUCAUUGAAAUUUUAUCGUGCACGAUAUAAAUAUUUCUUUUUUAUUUUUUUUAUU